AUGGCUGAAGCGAUCGGGCUGGCCUCCGGGGUCCUUGCUUUGGCGACAUUUGCCUUUCGUUGUAGUGUCUCACUCUAUGAAACAGUGAACGGCUUCCGAUCGCAUCCAAAGCGGGUGCGCGACCUUCUCGCCGAGCUGGAAGCCCUCAGUGCUGUGCUGGCUCCCCUCGUCGACCUGGUGAAAUCGAACUUUAGUGUCGAUCUCUCGUGCCUAGACCUGCCACUAUUGCGAUGCGGUAAUGUUUGCCAAGAGUUCCAGCAGGAGAUUCUUAAAUGCGCAUCGCGAUCAGACAGUACCGGCACGAGCUUCCGGGACUGGGCCAGGCUGACAUACAUGGGUAACAACAUUGUCGAUUUCCGCGACUUGCUGGCGGGAUAUAAAGCCACUAUCAAUAUUGCCUUAACCGAUGUAAACCUGCGCUUAUCCGCUGGUGCUGUUGAAAAUAUUGGGGACUACGAGAGCCUCAUCCAAGAUGCGAAAGAUGAUCUGGGAGCUCGGCUUGAGAGUAUUGAUAGGAAGUUGGAAGAGCUGGCUAAGAACGAUGUGACUCAGUCUGGGCCUGAUGCGGCUGAAUUACAUUCGUUAAGAGAGGAGCGCUUGAGUACGGAGAAGUGUCUUCAGAUUUGCGCUCAGCUGUCGAACCAUAUCGAUCAAAUUCAACUGAUGUCCGACGAUGCGGGUCCAUCUCUGGGGUCAGCCGGAUCUGAAGCGUCACCGGCAACGGUCACAAAUGAAGGUCUCCAAGAAUGCAAAAAUAGCUUGGCUAUGACGGCAAACAAGUUGGAAAAGCAUAUGCGAGCUAUUAUGGAUCGACUAGUCGCAAAAUCAAGGACAGCAAUAUCCUCUGACGAGGAUGCUCAAGAUCUAUCAAGGUUGCGCGACGAGUGGGAAACUACUCGGCAGUGCCUCGAAAUUUGCUCACGGGCGGAUGAUCACUUAAAGGAGAACGUCAGUAUCAUCGAAAAUCACGGCACUGGAGAUGCUCUCCAAUUUAUGGUCUCCGCAAAUGGUCAAAUUCUUCACGGAAAGAACCGGGGCCUUGGUUGGAGAAGCAGGCAAGUGGGAGGCUAUAUGAGCAACGAAUCAAUCCAGCAGUUGUCACGAGACCUUACGGCUAUUCAUUCCAGUCGGCCGAGGGACGAAGUACCCAUGUCAAAAGAGGGUUCCGCUCUAGACAAAGGCGGUAUGGUAGAAGGUGAGAUGACUCGCGAAUUUGAGGAGCAAUACGGGAGAGGCUUCGCUCUGACACCGGCACGUACGCCAGAGGCGCAGAUUCCAUCAUGCAGCGCGAGCAAUUAG